GAGCUGGGCUUGGGUGGGGCUCCCCACUGGGGAGCCUUCCCGCUUGGAAGUCUGGGUGCGGGUCUCUCUCCGCCUGCUGCUCCAUGAUCCUGACACGUCAGUGAGGAAACGAGCCAGGGCAGGGAGCGUUCAGAAAGGACGCGAGGAAAGGAGACGGAGGGAGGGUUUGUUAUAGUAUCUCUCGGCUGGGAAGCGCGAUGUUGCGCUGGGCAGGAGGAGGUACGACCUGGAGGGAGGGAGCGAGGGAGCCGUUAAACGCAGAGCUCUGCAUGUUGCAAACGGAGCCAUUGAGUUAGAAGGCACUCGUUGCUGGUUGGAGAAGCAAGGGGACCCGGAGGUUUGGCGCUGCAGUCCUGCGCGCGCUUUUGUGGCAGGGAGUCUCCUUGAACUCAGCUGGGCUUCCUUCUGUGUGGACUUGCCCAGGAUCCUGGUGCAGUUGGUGUCAAAGCCACCGGAAUCGGAGGCUGCUUUAGAUCCGAAACCUUGUUUGCUUCUGUGCUGUACUGAGGUGCUGAGCGAACGUCUUUUUCUCUUGCCUAAACAAUCCAACUCAACUAAGGUCUGCCCUGCAGCCAGAAUUGAUCUUUGCAAAGCUGUGGUUUGCAAGCUCUUCAUCUCUGACAUUACCCAUUGCUGGAUUUGUACCUUGCUCCCAAGAGACUAAAAGGUUUGCAUGAUGGAAUUUAAAUUUACACAAGAGAGGCUGCAUGUUUUAGAUCAAUACUGCUGACAUUUUCUACAUUUGGCUAUACCUGGUGUGGUGGUCUUGAAUUUUUGCCUAAAGACAACAUAUAAUGGAUGUCAAGGAGAGCUGCCCAAGUGUUAGCAUCCCCAGCUCUGAUGAACACAGAGUGAAGAAAAAAAGAUUUACUGUUUACAAAGUUUUGGUCUCAGUUGGCAAUAAUGAAUGGUUCGUCUUCAGGCGAUACGCUGAGUUUGAUAAACUGUAUAAUACACUAAGGAAACAAUUUCCCACCAUGAACUUGAAAAUUCCUGCUAAAAGAAUAUUUGGAGACAAUUUUGAUCCAGAUUUCAUUAAGCAGAGAAGAGCAGGGUUGAAUGAAUUCAUUCAGAAUUUAGUACGACAGCCAGAACUUUGCAAUCACCCAGAUGUCCAAGCAUUUCUUCAGAUGAACAAUCCAAAGCACCAUUUUGAUCCAUCUGAAGAUGAAGAUGAAAGGAACAGUCAAAAGCUAAACUCUACCUCACAGAAUAUCAACCUGGGGCCAUCUGGAAAUCCUCAUGCUAAACCAACAGACUUUGACUUCCUGAGAGUUAUUGGGAAGGGCAGCUUUGGCAAGGUUCUUCUUGCAAAACGAAAACUGGAUGGGAAGUUCUAUGCCGUUAAAGUGCUGCAAAAAAAGAUUAUUCUCAACAGGAAAGAGCAAAAACAUAUUAUGGCUGAACGUAAUGUGCUGUUGAAAAAUGUGAAGCAUCCAUUUUUAGUUGGAUUGCAAUAUUCAUUCCAAACUACAGAGAAGCUUUACUUUGUUCUGGAUUUUGUUAAUGGAGGGGAGCUCUUCUUUCAUCUGCAAAAAGAGCGCUCCUUUCCUGAACACAGAGCCAGGUUUUAUGCUGCUGAAAUAGCCAGUGCAUUGGGCUACCUACACUCCAUAAAUAUUGUAUACAGGGAUUUGAAGCCAGAGAAUAUCCUUCUAGAUUCACUGGGGCAUGUUGUUUUAACAGAUUUUGGGCUUUGUAAAGAAGGAAUUGCAACUUCAGAAACUACAUCAACAUUUUGUGGUACACCAGAGUACCUGGCCCCAGAGGUGAUCAGAAAGCAACCCUAUGACAACACAGUAGACUGGUGGUGCCUUGGUGCUGUUUUGUAUGAAAUGCUAUAUGGUCUGCCGCCCUUUUACUGCCGUGAUGUUGCUGAGAUGUAUGAAAAUAUUCUCCACAAACCCCUACAUUUAAGGCCAGGCAUCAGUCUUACGGCUUGGUCUAUUCUGGAAGAACUUUUGGAGAAGGAGAGACAAAACAGACUUGGAGCUAGAGAAGAUUUUCUUGAAAUUCAGAGGCAUCCCUUCUUUGAAUCUCUCAGCUGGACUGACCUCGAACAAAAAAAGAUCCCACCACCGUUUAAUCCUAAUGUGUCUGGUCCAGAUGACAUCAGAAACUUUGACACAGCAUUUACAGAAGAAAUGGUACCCUGUUCAGUUUGUAUUUCUUCUGACUAUAAUAUUGUAAAUGCCAGUGUGCUGGAAGCAGAUGAUGCAUUCAUUGGAUUUUCUUAUGCACCACCUUCUGAGGACUCAUUUCACUAAGAUUUCUGGAUGCUAAGAAAUACUUGCAAGUCAUCUUUAGAUGGACUGGAACGUUUUGAUUGUGAACGGAUUCAAAAAUAUGUGCAACU